GCCACAUUAAGUUGCCAUGACAAUAUGCUGGUUACAGACAUGCCUUCCCGCCAAACCGUUCACAUUUUGUAAUCCACCAAUCAUCUGAAGGCAACGUGACCUAGGAUUGCGUCACCACAGUCUUCACUGUAACCUCAAUCCUAUACUAUAACUGCUCCGCUGCACCGCAGGAAUUAAAUGCGUCUUGAUGUGAUUACUGGACCAUCUUUCAGAAUGUGCUACUUUGUCGCUGAAUGAAUAUCAACAAGACGUCUCAGCACACUUUGUAGUCGACCUUGGCUGUCCAGGCUGUUAUUUUACUGCCGCAAGAAAUUUUGCAAUAAAUUUCAUAAGUUAUUAAAAGCAUGACUUGGUUACCUGGCGAUAUCUGCAUUUCUAAACAUAAAAACGAACUUUAUGAUUUGUUCGUUGUUGAAGAAAUCAAUACAGAGAAUUCAUUGAAUACAAUUCGAUCAAAGGACUACACAACAACGUGUCAUUCUUCUAAUAUGCUACAUAUAACACCAACAAAUAUAAAGCUAUUACAUACAAAUAAUAAUUUUACAUCAACAUUAAAGUCAUUGGAUGAUUCUUAUUUUGUUAUGAAAUUGAAUCAUUUAACAAGUCUUCCAAUUUCACAGGCUUCAAUUGUUAUAAAUUCAGAAAGUGAAAAUACUUCUCAUUCAUGGAAUAUUGGUGACUUGUGUAUUUGUACAUGGAGCGAAGAUGAAGCCUAUUACUAUGCUACAAUAUUGACAACUGAUUAUGAAAAUGAUAAAUUUACAGUAUCAUUUUGUUAUUAUGAAAAUGUUGAACAGAAAUCCUUCAAAGAUCUAUUUGAUAUUCAUUCUGAAUUCAAAGUAUACUUAAAAGAUGAAUUCAAUAAGUCAGCUGCAUUUAAAAAAAAGGUAUUAUUGUUAUUAUUUGAUAUCUUAUCUCUGUUUGUAAAGAAGUCAAUAUUCAAUAGUCAAUAUGAACUUGAAAAAUAUAGUAAUGAAAAUGGAAUACAUGAAUUCUCUCUUCAAAAUGACGAACUGGAAGGAGUAAAUGAAAUUUCUUCCCAUUUCAACCAAAUCUCACUUGAAUACCCUAUUUCUCAUAAUAACAAACUUUUUGAAUCUUCUUCGAAUAAAAAUAACUCGGAGUUUAUACAUCAACUGAAUCAAUCAAGUAAACAUUUAUUAUUAAAUACUUCGAAUAUUCAAGAGAAUCUUGAUGAUAUACAAUUGCAGCCAUUAUUAUUGAGUUGGUUUAUGUGUGGUUAUCAAACUGGUUCUAUGAAAUAUCCACUAUGCAUCCUAAAAACAAGAAGGAAUAGUCACAUUGAAAGGUGAUUGAGACAUUAUGUUGUAUUCAUGUAUCUAAUCUCUAGGUAAUAAAUUUUUAUUCGUAAACUUUUUUUGUAAAGUUUUUCAAAAUUUUUAACAUAAUUAUAAAACCUGUGAAUAAAAUCAACUUCAUAAUGGCAUGAUGCAGUGUUCUAAGCUAAUAAUUAACUCUGUCAAAGUAGUAAUACUAAAUAAAUGGUUCGUUACCAUUUAAAUA